AUGAUCCUCGAAAAGGGACAUAAUUAUCGCGCCAGUGAAGUUCCGUUGUGUGAUACAUAAAGAAGUUAUCUAUUGCCGGAGAUAAAAAGGAAAGUUGCUUCAUUCAUUCAAAAAUCUGUGUAGAUUAAUUUAGUGAAACUUUGUAGAAUGCCUCCGAUCGAUUUAAAUGCCACACCUUCAAUUACAGGAAAACAAUAAGUGACAGAUAACAAAUCAACAAACUAGAUAGAAAGAGCCUAUAAAAAUUCCUUCGCGUAUGUUAUCUUGUUUACAAAGUAGUGUCACAUUACAGGAUUACUUUGUUUAGUCUCCGUUUCGCAAACGUCUCAAGCUCGCGUAAAGGCCCUCGUGCCAAAGAUACCUUGAGGUCCUUUCUACGGACAGUUGCUGUCACUUUUUGCUGAUAAAGGGCCAAACUGAGGCCGUUGCUCACAGAGGCCCCUGGAAAAACCAGGAUGGAUUUCACGAGGUCAAAGCUGAAGAUUCAAAGCUGCAUUUCAACAUGGCUUUUCAUCACCUUCUUCGCUUUACUUUGUCUGUGGUGUUGCGAUCGAACCUCUGCAGUACCAAUUGCACGUGUUAUCAACGAUCCUAGCAAGCCACCCAAAGAACUAAUCGAUAAAGUGGACACCGAAUUAUGUUUCGUAAGUGAUCAUAACCUUCGUAUGAGGGAGUUUAGUUUCUAUCUGUAG